AUGGCGGAUACCCCUUCCGACGCCGAAGACAAAAAUGCAAAAGAAGUCUCCAAUAACAAUGAAGUUUUUUACAAUGAUCAAGAGCUUCAAGUGCCCGACGCUCGCUAUUGGGACCCAAAAUACAAACUUUUUGUUUCGAUUAGUGCCAUUUGCUCUUAUUUUGUCAUUACAUUGGCAACUUCGGUAUAUAUCGCGAGUAUCCCAGGAAUCAUGCGAGAAUUUCAUGUUGGAGAGACAUUGGCCAUUUCCCCUAUCACUUUCUAUGCAAUAGGAUUUGUGAUUGGACCCAUGUGCACGUCUGCACUCUCAGAGGAGUUUGGCAGACAAUACAUCUACAAGUUUUCUUUGUUUCUCCAUCUCGUCUUCACCAUCGUCGGUGGAUCCGCCCAGAACUUUCGGACAUUAGCAGUUGCCCGUGGCCUCUGUGGAAUAGUUGGGUCUCCCUGUGUGACUGUCUUCUCGGGCCUGUUGAAUGAUCUAUGGAGGAUGCCCAAGGACAAGUUGGGGGGUGUCCUGUUCGCAAUUUAUGGCAUAAUGGGGGCAGUUGCAACUGAGGUUGGGCCUAUCGCAGGCGAGGCGAUAGUCGCCGACCGUGGCUGGCGCUGGACCUUUUGGCUCACGGCGAUGCUAGUUGGAGUAUGUUUCUUGGCCAUGGUGUCAGUGCCAGAGACACAUAGGCCAGAGAUCCGAAGGAAGAUGCUGAAGCUCCCCCGGCGGAAUCUGUGGCAUUGUCUGGCCCCUGCUUUUGCGCGUCCGAUACACAUGCUGCUGGUAGAACCGAUUAUCUUUCCCACAGCAGCUAUUGUCACCAUGGGUCAGGUUGUGGUGUUUGUGUUUUAUGCAAGCUACCCUUUGGUCCUCGCACGAGUGUAUCAGUUCACAUCGUAUGAAACCGGGCUGGCGUUCAUUCCCUUGGUGAUUGGAAGUUUGCUGGCACUGCCUGUCAUAUCAGUGGUGAUGAAAAGGAGGGACAAGUCCUCGAACCCACAGCCCGAGGAUUCACUUCCUGCGGCCAGCAUAGCAGGAAUCUUGUUGCCAAUUAGCCUAUUUUGGCUUGCAUGGACAGCUCGAACCACUAUUCACUGGAUAUGUCCGCUCAUUGCUGGGGGGCUUUAUGGGAUGGCGUUCGCAUUAUCACAGCUGGUCUACCCGCUAUACAAGAACGAGGUCUAUGGAGCGGAAUUCGGUGCCUCCUCAUUUGCAGUCGAUGUCGCCAUGCGGUACACAUUUUCGUCUGUCUUCCCUCUUUUCACCAUUCAGCUAGUAAACCGCAUUGGGUUUGACUGGACCAUCACCCUUUGUGCGUUCGUUCUACUCGCGUUGACACCUGUUCCAUUUGUACUUCAGCGAUAUGGGCCAAUGUUACGGGAAAGAAGCCGGUAUGUUCAAAAGAUGGAACGAAACGAUUCGCAGGACAUGCCAGCCUGA